AUCAGUGCACAAUGCUCAACCAAUUUCUAUUGGUGGAUGCCGAUUUCAUUCUUUUCUAGAACAGUCACGCGUGAAUUUGGUAGUUUGGUGUGGUUUUUAACUCAUUUCAGUGAAAUUAAGAAAGACUACAGACAGAAGAAUGUUUGGUCCAGGCUCAUCGCCGAUUGUGGUUUUAAGCCAGAAUACGAAACGAGAUUCCGGGAAAAAGGUCCAGAAAGAAAAUAUUCAAGCUGCAAAGGCAAUAGCGGAUGUUAUCAGAACAUGCCUUGGUCCCCAAGCUAUGUUGAAGAUGUUGAUGGACCCCAUGGGUGGUAUUGUCAUGACAAAUGAUGGAAAUGCCAUUCUUCGUGAAAUUACGGUACAACAUCCAGCUGGAAAGUCCAUGAUUGAGAUUGCAAGAACUCAGGAUGAAGAAGUAGGAGAUGGUACUACAUCGGUAAUUGUAUUAGCUGGAGAGAUUUUGGCUACUGCUGAACCUUUCCUUGAACAAGGAAUGCAUCCUACUGUUAUCAUACGAGCUUAUCGUCAAGCUUUGGAAGAUAUGGUAGCAAUCUUGAAUGAUCAAAUCAGUAUUGAACUAGACCGUAAUGAUAGAACCAAGUUGGCACAAGUUGUAAAGUCUUGUGUUGGUACUAAAUUUAUUGGACGCUGGUCUGAUUUAGUCUGUGACAUUGCUUUGGAUGCUGUUCAUACAGUGAUGCUCGAGGAGAAUGGUCGACGAGAAAUUGACAUAAAACGUUAUGCCAAAGUGGAAAAACUUCCAGGAGGCAGCAUUGAGGACAGCACUGUACUCAAAGGUGUAAUGAUUAAUAAAGAUGUGACACAUCCUAAGAUGAGACGUUAUAUCAAGAAUCCCAGAAUUGUGCUCCUAGAUUGUCCAUUGGAAUACAAGAAAGGAGAAUCACAAACUAACGUUGAAAUCCUUAAAGAUACUGAUUUCACCAGAAUGCUUGAAUUGGAAGAAGAGUAUAUCAAAAAAGUCUGCGAGGACGUUAUAGCAGUGAAGCCUGAUGUAGUUUUCACAGAGAAAGGAGUAGCAGACCUUGCACAGCAUUAUUUACUGAAAGCUGGAAUUUCAGCUAUUCGCAGAGUUAGAAAAUCUGAUAACAACAGAAUUGCCAGAGCUUGUGGUGCUACAGUUGUCUAUCGUACUGAAGAAUUACGUGAAGAAGAUGUAGGAACAGGAGCAGCGCUCUUUGAGAUCAAGAAAAUUGGAGAUGAAUACUUCUGCUUUAUUACGGAGUGCAAAGAUCCAAAAGCUUGUACUAUCAUUUUAAGAGGUGCCAGUAAGGAUGUCCUGAACGAAACCGAGAGAAACUUGCAAGAUGCUCUUCAUGUAGCCAGGAACCUUUUGAUUGAACCAAAACUGGUUCCAGGUGGAGGAGCAGUAGAGAUGUCUGUGUCUCGGCUACUCAGUGAGAAGGCAGCAGGUCUUGCAGGAGUUGAACAGUGGCCAUACAAAGCUGUGGCACAGGCCCUUGAAAUCAUCCCCAGGACUCUAGCACAGAAUUGUGGUGCAAAUACCAUCCGUACUCUGACUGCAUUACGUGCCAAGCAUGCUACCGGAGGAACGACUUGGGGAAUUGACGGUGAGACUGGAAAAGUCGUAGACAUGCAAGAACGAGGAAUCUGGGAACCUCUUACAGUAAAACUUCAAACCUACAAGACUGCCGUCGAAACAGCCAUCCUUUUGCUGAGAAUCGACGACAUUGUAUCUGGAAUUAAGAAAAAGGGUGCUGAAAAUGAACCACCAAAACCCAGUCAAGUGUCUGAAGAAUCUAUGAAGGAAUAAAUAUUAACUAACCCUGUAUCCGUUGAAUUUUAUAAUCUUGGUAUUGCUUAGCUUUAAACUUAAAUUUCAUUAAUCAUGCCAACUUAUAAUUAUUAUUACAACUCAUUUCGCGUUAGCACAUAGCACAUUUCAGCUGAGACGUUACCACGUAUUUUCAAAUAAUAAAAAACGGCGUUUAUAAAUCUGA